GAGAGGCAGUCAGCCGGUUUUGCUAGGGAAAGGAGACGAGUGCUAGGAAUUAUCUAUAUACUAGUAAUAAUGCUAAUAUUGAAUAAGACAGCACGAGUUUUUUUUAAACCAUCCAAAAGGAAAGUUGAUGGAUUUUUAAGAAGUUUUAAUUUUCAUCCUGGAACACUAUUUCUUCAUAAAAUAGUAUUGGGUAUUGAAACAAGCUGUGAUGAUACAGCAGCUGCGGUGGUAGAUGAAACUGGAAAUGUGUUGGGAGAAGCAAUACAUUCCCAAACUGAAGUUCAUUUAAAAACAGGUGGGAUUAUUCCUCCAGUAGCUCAACAACUUCAUAGAGAAAACAUUCAACGAAUAGUACAAGAAGCUCUUUGUGCCAGCGGAAUAUCUCCAAGUGAACUCUCAGCGAUUGCAACUACCAUAAAGCCAGGACUUGCUUUAAGCUUAGGAGUAGGCUUAUCAUUUAGUUUACAGCUGGUAGACGAGCUGAAAAAGCCAUUCAUCCCCAUUCAUCAUAUGGAGGCUCACGCACUUACUAUUAGGUUGACCAAUAAAGUAGAGUUUCCAUUUUUAGUUCUUUUGAUUUCUGGAGGUCACUGUCUCUUGGCAUUAGUUCGAGGAGUUUCAGAUUUUCUGCUUCUUGGAAAGUCUUUGGACAUUGCACCAGGUGACAUGCUUGACAAGGUAGCAAGAAGACUCUCUUUAAUCAAACAUCCAGAAUGCUCCACCAUGAGUGGUGGGAAGGCUAUAGAACAUUUGGCCAAACAAGGAAACAGAUUCCAUUUUGAUAUCAAUCCACCCAUGCAGCGUGCUAAAAAUUGUGAUUUUUCUUUUUCUGGGCUUCAACAUGUUAUCGAUAAAAUAAUAAUGCAAAAGGAGAAAGAGGAAGGAAUUGAGAAGGGGCAAAUCCUGUCUUCGGCUGCAGACAUUGCUGCUGCAGUACAGCAUACAACUGCGUGCCACAUUGCAAAAAGAACACAUCGUGCUAUUCUGUUUUGCAAGCAGAGAGACUUGCUAUCUCAAAGUAAUGCAGUACUAGUUGUAUCUGGAGGUGUUGCAAGUAACUUGUAUAUACGGAGAGCUCUGGAAAUUGUAACAAAUGCAACACAAUGCACUUUGUUGUGUCCUCCCCCAAGACUAUGCACUGAUAAUGGCAUUAUGAUUGCAUGGAAUGGUAUUGAAAGAUUACGUGCUGGCUUGGGCAUUUUAGACAACAUAGAAGGCAUCCGCUACGAACCAAAAUGUCCUCUUGGAGUAGAUAUAUCAAAAGAAGUUGCAGAAGCUGCCAUCAAAGUACCACGACUUAAAAUGAAGAUUUGAUGUUUGCUUUUCAAAAAAGUCUCUACAGGUAGUAUUUCAGGAUUCAAAUUAAGUUCCCAAUUUCUUGAGUAUCAAAUUUUAUAAAUAUGUUACUUAA